AUGUCCUCUCUGCAAACAGGUUUCUCUGUUUCACCAACUGUGAAUCGUGCAAACAGUGCUGCAAAUAAUAGAUAUGAGCCCUACCCUCGAGUGUCUAGCGCUCAUAGAUCUUUUUCGGACGGCCUAGGAUCUGUCGACAAAAAUACUAUCCCACCUUCGCAGAUGCCCAUACCAGGCACCCCGCAUCAUCCAUCUGGUGCACGAGAUAUAGAACAUUUGUACCCGACAUUCACGCCGCGUACUGGUGGUGCCCCCCUGGGCCAUUCCAACAGCAUGAAUAUGGGGACACAAGCUUAUGUGACCAGUGCAGAUAUCGACAGGAUGGUUAACGACCACGGACUUCUGAAACAGCGUGACCUUGUCCAUCGCUUCAAUGAGAUGGCACAUGAUGAGCGCCUGCUGGUGCUUUUCUGUAGCUGUCUACACGCCUCGAACCAGAAUCAGGCUCUUACCGACACGCUCGCGGUUCUUAAAGAAAAGUUAAACACCAUUGAAGCAAAGGUAGAUCAAGGCUGGCAACCGGCGGAUGACCAUGAGGCCAUACUGAAAGGGUUACUGCGUCAUUACAUUAUUCAGCCACAGUAUUCAUACAGUGUCGUACCGAAGCAAGUUGGAAGGUAUAUCUUCGAUCACGCAGACAAGGUUCGACUUCGACUUUACGUGACCGAUGCAACAAUACGCACCCGGGUCGAUCAAUGGGUAAACGAUAAGUACAAUGAAGUCAAGAGUGGCCUGCGGAAGGCAGUAUGGACAUCAAUCACGAACAAGGUGCCGCUCGAUGACUUCGCAAGUACUAUUGUCAAAAGCUACCACCUUCCCGUCAAGCCCAAGGAGGUUCCCCAAGCGAUCAUGGGAUCUUUAGCCUUAAUGCGAGAUGUUGCUGCCCCGCUAACUACGAAGAAGGGCGUACGAGGCGGUGACACCGGCUUCUGGAAGGCUCUCGAAGCACGACUAGCAGCGGUAGUGUCUCAGCACGGCACUACGCGGGAUAGCUCGGAGGAAUGGAAAACAUGGGAGAAGGACAUCAUCGAGAAGGACAUCGAAAGAUACCAACAACGCAGCGUCAGCGCUGCACCAGCGCUGCAGGUGGAUCUCAAUGCCAGCCUGGUAGAGGAGAUGCGGAUGAUGGAGGGGGAACAUGUUGUCGCCUUCGGCGACAGCUUCGAUAUGGCUAGCCUAGCGAGGGAAAGCAUGUCUCAAACAAAACCAUAG